AAUAGAAUAAAAUAAAUAAUAUGAAAAAACAAUUUUGGUUAAUGUAAUGUAAUUUGUAAACAAAAAUAAAAAAAAACAAUAUAAUAUAAAUAACAAAAAUAUAAAAAUGAUGUUUGUAAAACAUGAUUAUGAUUAGUAUGUCAAAUUAUUGGAAUUAUUGUCACUGUUAAUUGAGAGAUUAUUUAAUGGUUUUCUUUUACUGAAGAUAUCUAACUUGUCUUGCAAUUACUUGUAAAGAGAUUUUAAAAUCGGAUUUCGUUAUUGUUAUCGACUAACGACAAUAUGUUGACAAUGAUUAAAAAGAUAAUAACAGUGUCUAGAUGGCCGUUAGGAAGGGAGUAAUCAGUUGAACGUAAUGUAACAUAAAUGAGAAGACCAUUUCUUAAAAAGUAGUUUAACGUAUUUUAGCAAACAAUUCACAUUGAAAAACAAUAUUUCAUAGAUAACAUCCGAAAAGUACACGCGAAAUGAUUAUACAAUCCUUGAAAAGUUACACGUGUAUCAUUGUGCUCUUGAUAUCUGUUUCGAUAACUUAUGCGAUUUUUGAAAAUGCUUUGAGAAAGAGAAAGAAAUGUUUCACUUAUAGAAUCGUUCCCGAUUUCGGCCAAUAUUAUUCGAGCAUAUGAAGUAAAUGAAUCAUUAGUGAAAAAUGAAAUGAUAAAACAAAUCGUGAAAGAUAAUGGAAAACAGAAGUACUUUAUAAUUGAACAGAAAAAAGAAGACAAGAAGUGUACGGAUCGUUCGAUACAUGAUUUUCCUGAGGAUUUGUUCACACAUGAACAGCGACGUCAUGGAGCAGUAAUAUUACAUGCUUUCCUUGGAUUAUAUUGUUUUCUAUUGACGGCAUUCGUUUGUCACGAUUAUUUAUUACCAGCCGUUGAUUGUAUAUGCAUUAGUUUGAAUAUAAGCACCGAUGUUGCAGGAGCAACAUUUCUUGCAAUGGCUAGUUCUUUUCCUGAAUUGUUUGUGAAUGUUAUUGGAACGUUUUUAACCGAAUCAGAUCUUGGUGCCGGUACAGUUGUUGGUAGCGCUGUAUUCGAUACCUUCGCAACUCCAGCUUGUGGAGCGUUGAUGACUUUUUAUGCAAUAUCAUUAGAAUGGCAAGUAUUGUCGCGAGAUUGUAUAAUGUAUGUGAUAUCUGUUGGAACAUUGGUAAUAAUAAUGUGGGAUGCAAAGAUUCAGUGGUACGAAGCAAUGAUCUUGUUAAUAUUAUUUUGUUUUUAUGUAAUUUUGCUCUUUUGCGGUAAACAUAUUAGAUUGUGUUGCGAUAAAAUUUUUUUUAAUUCCAACUCUAUGACAAAGCUAUUUACUAUUGAUGAGAAUUUGAAUGAGAAUUUGUCUUCUAAUUGUUCAUAUAAGCUGCGUUCUCAAAAUAAUGCAGUUGUUGACCAUAGAAAGAAUUUGAAUAUCCAGGAAUUAGAAAAGCAACAGAACCGGAUACAUGAUCCUGAAAAUAUAGAGAAUUUUGAGAAAUCAAUAAAGCGUUCAAUUUUUGAAUAUUUAUUCACUUGGCCAAUAGAGCGAACUAUUAUUGAAAAAUGUUGGUUCAUGUUUGGUUGGCCAUUGAAAUUUUUAUUAUUUAUAACGAUACCAGAUCCUAAAAUUGAACGAUUGAAACAUUGGUAUCCGUUAACUUUUAUCAUGUGUAUGAUUUGGAUUGCGAUAUCUUCGUAUUUAGUUUCUUGGAUGACAACAGUUAUCGGUGAUAUCAUAGGUAUCCCCGAUUCCAUUAUGGGUCUUACAUUUCUAGCAGCUGGUGGAAAUAUGCCAGAAGUUGCGUCAAUUGUAAUUUUAGCAAGACAAGGCGACGGAAAUAUGGCAAUGAGUAAUACAUUGGGAGCAAAUAUUCUUGACAUCUUACUUUGUUUGGGUUUACCAUGGAUAAUAAAAUGUCUCAUGGAAAAAAGAUAUGUGGAAAUUGAAUCAGGAGCUUUAAAAUAUAGUGUAUUUUCGACAGUUAUUUGCGUAAUUGUUCUUUAUACAGUUAUAGCAUGUUUUAAAUUUAAAUUGAACAAGAAAGUAGGAAUUAUAUGUUUAUUUCUAUAUACGAUAUUUAUAAUAUUUGCUAUUCUUAUAGAAUUGAAUGUUUUUUUCAUUAUAAAUUUACCAAUGUGUGAUCAAUGAAUUAUUAAUUUCUUUCAUACAUUUCAUAUGCAAUUUUUAGAUUUCAUUAUUGAAAAAAUUUUAUAAUUUUUUUAUUUUCAUAAAAUAAGGAUUUUAUUUAAAACGAAAUGAACGAAAAUAAACUUGUUUUUAUUUUUCAGCGAUUUCAAUCACUGAUAACAAUCAUAACUAAAUAAUAUCGAUAAUUAAUGACACAUAGAAUAGUGAUCAUAUACUUUCAUACACUUUGAAUUUUAUCUUCAUUACAUUAAAAAUUCAUAUUAAAUUAAAUUUCUAGUAAAAUAAAAAAAUAAAACAAAUAAAAAUAAAACAAUGUUAUUAUAAAAUAAAAGCUUUAUAUGUCUUAAUAUAUAAUAGCAAAAAAUAAAUUAUUUAUUCUAAAAAUUUAGAAUUAUAUAAAAAUGUUUUAUUACAUAAACGAUUUUAUGCAAACAUUAUUUAAAUGAAUUUAUUUUCUACUUUUAUUUGUUUUAACUAAAUUUUUUAAAUAUAUUUUUAAUAAUUUAUAUAUACUUUUUUAUUUUUUAACACUGCAACAUUUCUUUGUUGUAUUAAUUUAAAUUUGUUAUAAAAAUAAAUAACUAAGUUUUUUUACUUCGUCUUUCAUAUAUUUUUUAUUUUAUAUGUUCUUUUAUAUUUUACAUUAUAUUUAUUUAUGUUGAUUCAAAGCAUCUUUAUUUAAAUCACGAGUACAGAUCUUCCAUCAUCUUUCAUUGCAGGUUUGAUAUAUUAUUUUUUAAAUUUUUGAAUAGAAUGAAAUCUAAAAAAUAAAGAAUUCUAAUUCUAUAUAAAGAAUUCUAUUGACAAAUAAAAUUUGAUAUAUUUUUAAUUAAAAAUUAAUAUGGCAAAUUUAUUAUCUUUAUAAUAAAUCCCUCCAAAUAAAUCUAUAUCUGAAAUGCAAUUACAAUGAAUGGAAUUAAUAGAUUUCAACUGAUAUAAUGAUUUAUAUACAAUGAUUUAAUAUUUGUAAAAAAUAUUCUAAUAUUUUCUACAAUUACAUGAUGGAAAUUUCUAUUGGAUAAACAAUGAUUCAAGGCAUUUUAUUCGUAUUAUCAAACUAAACUAAAAUAAAAUUUAAAUUAAAAUAUUAAUUUCAUGAAAUGUCUUGUAUAAUUUCUGGAUUUAAAUUUAUUUCUGAAUAGAGAUUUUUUGAAUCGAUAUAGAAAAACAUAUAAAAUAGAAAAAAUAGAGAAGGUUUAUAUAAAAUAAUGACAUUUUAUUUUUGUAAUAAAAUAUUGCAAAUUAACAAUUAUUGCAAAUACGAUCAAUAAGUCACAAUGAAGAAAUUUUGUGAUAUUAAAAAAAUUAUUAUAAUAUUAUAUGUGAUAUUAAAUAAAUUAUUAAAAAUAUAUUAUAGAAGUUUAUUUAAAAAAUAAAUGAAAAUUAAAAAUAAACAAAUUUAAUAAUUUGUAUUUAACUAUAAAAUUUGUAAAAUUAUCUAUAACGAAGAAUAAAUUUUGUUUUAAAAAAUUAUUAUAGAUUCUUAAAAUAAAUAACUUAUUUUUAUUAAUUAUUUUCUAUUUUAUUAGAAAAGCAAUAGUUUGUAACAAUAUUAUUUUUAUUUUACUACAUUUUUGUUUUAUUAGAUUUGUUUAAUUUGUUUAAUACAAUAAAUUAUUGACAUAUAAUAAAGACAAAAUUCAGAAUUUUGUAAAUAUAUGAUUACUAUAGAUAAGUAUUCAUAAUUAUGAAUAAUUAUGAAUAUUUUUUAAAAGAAUACUAGAUGCUAAGGAUUAAUCUUGUUUUAUUCAUUAAUCUCAUUAAUCUUAUAAAUAGUUAAUCUCGUUAAUUCUAUAAGUUCAAAAGAAAAAAUUAAUUCCUGAAGGUUCAAGUAUUAAGAUAUAUUAUCUUGUGGUACUUUUCUUAUGUAGCAAAUCUAUUAUCAACAUUUGUGUACAAUAUCCUUAAUAUAGUACCUUCGUAUUAUAUUCAUGUUAAUGAUAGAUUUGUUAUUGAAAUUUCAGUACCAAAACUAAUAAGUAAAGAUUAUUAAUUAAAAAUAAAAAAUUAAAAAUAAAAAAGAAAAUACAAGUUAGAUAUAAAA